GGGGCUGGCGGUGCUCAACUGCCUUCUUGUGCUUGCUUUUAACGCUGCGCGGAAGAUGAGGAGCGGGAAGGCCUCCCGUGCCCUGGAGACCGUCUGGGAGGACAAGCAGAAGUAUGGGGAGGCCGAGCAGCACUGCCGUGAGCAGGAGGCCACGCGGGCCGCCGCCCAGCAGCCCCUGGCCCAGGCGCCAGCCGUGAACGGGCCGGGUCAGGAGGACGCGGAGGAGGCGGACGAGGCCGGGGCUCCCGGCGGCUGCGGGGGCGGCCCUGGGAAGAGCUGUGACGGGAGGCAGCCCCUGCAGAAGAAGAGGAAGCGCUCCCCGAAGAGCUGGCUGCACGGGGCGGACCUGGCCCUCGUGGGCCUCUCGGCCGACCACGUCUGGCUGGACAAGCCACUUUUCGACCAGGCGGAGAGCUCCUACCGCCAGAGGCUGGCAGACGUGGCUGCCCAGGCAGCCCGGCCAGCGGCUCUGGCUCCCAGGAGUCCCUGCAGCCACGGGAGCCAGGUGGCCUGCCACCACGUGACCUGGGGCAUCUGGGUCAACAAGUCUGCCUUCGACCAGGCCGAGCGGGCGUUCGUGGAGCGGUCUCAAGCUCUGCUGCCGGCCCCAGAGCGCAGCCGCGGGCUGGGCGCUGCUGACACAGGCCGGCGGGCCCCUGCCCUGGACCUGGCCCUCGGCCACCAGCCCGGCCCCCCGGCCAACGGCCAGCCCCCACGGGGCAGUCUGCAGGCGCUGGUGCGAGAGGUGUGGCUGGAGAAGCCCCUGUACGACGCCGCCGAGAGGGGCUUCUAUGAGGCCCUGUUUGACGGCCACCCCCCGGGGAAGGUGCGCGUGCAGGAGCGAGCCCUCCAGGCGGAGAGCGCCCGGCGGGGCCGCAGGGACCGGCGGUGCCGCAACAACGUGGGGAGCAGGCGCGCCGGGCUGCGGCGGGCUGAAGGGGAGGGGCUGCCGGCUGCCCUGCCCUGCUGGUACCUCCUGCACAGGGACGCCGAGGCCCCCUGGCUCAGCAAGCCCGCCUACGACAGUGCGGAGUGUCGCCACCAUGCCGCCGAGGCCCUGCGCGUGGCCUGGCGCCUCGAAGCCACGUCCCUGGCUCGCCGACCCAGCGCCCGGCCUGGGCCAUCCGUGUCCAGUCUGAGACCCAACAGGAAGAUGGCCACGGACUUCCUUGUGCACGAGAAGAUCUGGUUCGACAAGUUCCGGUACGACGAUGCAGAACGGCGGUUCUACGAGCAGAUGAACGGGCCUGUGGCCGGCGCCUCCUGCCAGGAGAACGGCGCAAGCGUGAUCCUCCGGGACAUUGCGAGAGCCAGAGAGAACAUCCAGAAAUCCCUGGCCGGAAGCUCAGGCCCUGGGGCCUCCAGUGGGCCCGGCGGAGACCACAGUGAGCUCCUUGCCCGGAUCGCCAGCCUGGAGGUGGAGAACCAGAGCCUGAAAGGCGUGGUGCGGGACCUGCAGCAGGCCGUCUCCAAGCUGGAGGCCCGGCUGAGCGUGCUGGAGAAGAGCGUGCCCGCCCACCGGGCCACAGCCCCCCAGACCCAGCACGUGUCCCCCAUGCGCCAAGUGGAGCCCCCGCCCAGGGGGAAGGCGGCGCCCGCGGCUGAGGACGACGAGGACGACGACAUCGACCUGUUCGGCAGCGACGAGGAGGAGGACAAGGAGGCCAUGCGGCUGCGGGAGGAGCGGCUGCGGCAGUACGCCGAGAAGAAGGCCAAGAAGCCCGCGCUGGUGGCCAAGUCCUCCAUCCUCCUGGACGUGAAGCCGUGGGAUGACGAGACAGACAUGGCCCAGCUGGAGGCCUGCGUGCGCUCCGUCCAGCUGGACGGGCUGACCUGGGGGGGCUCCAAGCUGGUGCCGGUGGGCUACGGCAUCCGGAAGCUGCAGAUCCAGUGUGUGGUGGAGGACGACAAGGUGGGCACCGACCUGCUGGAGGAGGAGAUCACCAAGUUCGAGGAGCACGUGCAGAGCGUCGACAUUGCGGCCUUCAACAAGAUCUGAGCCCUGGCGCUGGGCCCGCACGAGCCCCUGCUGCUAUUAAAGACUGAGACCCCUGC